AUGGCGCCGCCGUCCGUAACGAGCUCGCAGAAGUCCAAUGCGCACGGCAACAACGCGGCGCUCGAGCAGCGAAUCGGUCUGGCGACAUCCGUUAUCAUGCCCCUUCUCGAGCUGGGAGCGAUGGGGUUCGUGUCCUGGGUCCUAGUCUUUUUGAUAGGCGUGCAAUAUCUCAUUGAUCCCUCCGAAGAUCUGCGCCUCGGCUUCAACGUCCAGCCACGACGGGGCACAGGCAUCGCGCUCAUCAUCGUAUACGCUAUACUGCUUCUCCUGCUCCUCGUACCCUGGUUGCGCCUGCUCCAGGUAAUAUGGUCGAAACAGGAUCUUGUCCCGCUUGGGGAUCCUUCACGCGAGAAGAUGGACAUGAGUACAAAGGCGUUUGACAAGUACGACGCAUUCAUAUGCGACUUUGAGGGCAUGCCGUUGUGGUGCAAUAAGUGCCACAAUUUCAAGCCUGACAGGACACAUCACUGUAAAGAGCUCGGACGUUGUGUGAGGAAAAUGGACCAUUAUUGCCCUUGGGCAGGAGGCAUUAUAGCGGAAUCUACGCAUAAAUUCUUCUUGCAGUUUGUAUUUUUCGCUGCGCUAUAUACGGCAUACGUAUGGAUCGUUGUUGCGGUCUUUUUUGGUGACCGUAUAUCUAAAGUUGGGUCUCGGCCUGGAACAUGGAUCGGAGCACUCGCUGUUACGGCUGUCUUCUUCGUUUUCACCUUCACUAUGACCGGAAUGACCGGCUGGAAUUUGAUGAUCAACUUCACGUCAGUCGAAGGCAUCCAACGCGGUGGCAUCCACAACAUUGCUUUCCUCAUUUCAAGAUCAUCCCGAGAGCCGAUUUCACCUCCAACAUCAUCCCCCCGAUCGAGAAAGGAACGCAAGAGUUCGGAUUUCGAAGAAGAUUGGCCUGUACUGUGCACCGUUCAGAGAGGUGCCGGGCGCACUUCUGUUGUCAUGCAGACGAAGACGCUGGAGCAUCCCUGGUAUACAACUCUCAUGACGGGCUGGAAGGACACCAUGGGAAACAGCUUCAUCGACUGGAUUCUUCCGUUCAGACAGAGCCCAUGCAAGCAACGGAGUCACAGAGGCGAGUUUGAAUGGGGCGAGGUGGUGUAUGAUAUGGCGAAAAAGUACGAAGCAGAUAAUCCGGGCACACGUUUGGCGCUUCUUGAAGGGGAAAGAUGA